AUGUUCUGCCAGAUCCUUGGUCAGGCCAAGAAGCACCCAAGCUUGGUCCUCCUCUUUGUAGUUAUUGCCAGAGGUCCUGAAGCAGCACUGCAUGCCUUGCAUCUGGCAGUGUUCAAUCCAGAUGUCAGUUGGGACAGAAAGAAUAACCCAGAACUCUGGAACAAACUGGGUCCCAAGGAGCAAUACAAGUUCUACCCAGUGAAUGUGCGUUACAGCAAAUUGAAGAAAGAAGGACCAGACUUCUAA